AUGCUGAAAUCAGUGCAUCUUAACGCGGAGUACCCAAAUCAAUGGGUUGUGAUCGGCGUCUUCAUUGCCGGAGUAUUAAUAGCCACAUACGGUGGACUUAAAUUUAUGCUUCUAUGGGUGGUGAUCUGCCUCUGCAUCAUAGCAGAUUUCUAUCGACGUCGGCGCAGAGCUAGGAGCACUGCCAAAGAAGAAUGUCGAACGUCCGUAGAUGUCCAUCGGCUCGGAGCUGGUGGGAGCACUGUCAAAGAAGAUUGUGGAGCGAUGCGUGUCAAGGACGUCUCUGUAGAUGUCCAUCUGCUCAAAGCCGGGAGCACUUUCGAAGAGUACUGGGAAGCGACGAAUGUCAAUUUACCCCGAAACAAGUCGGAGUCCAUCAUCUUAGAGGCGAUUCAAGAAAUGGAAAGUAUUCUGGUUAGUGAUAGGUUUAUUUAUGAUAAUUACCGUUGGAUCAUCAAAGAGGUAACAAAUGAGCUGAGAAUGAUGCUGGAUUUCUUGAGAUACAAUAAUUUGGGAGACAGGAGCUUGCUAAAUCAUUUGGUAGCUGACUUUGUCGAUAUAGCUCGGCAUUCGGCUGAGAACAAAAGAAACAUUAGUAAAUUGGAAAAUGCGCUAGGUUCGCUGAGGAUGUUAAGAAAGCGCGUGAUGGAGCACGGAGUUGGUGAGAAGGUUAUCACACCGCAAAGUGUUGGAGAAGGUACUGUCGUGGUGGGCUUAGAGAAAGACGUGCAACAGCUUUGUAAAGUGAUUCUUAUGGAGGAGCCCGGCCUCGUGACAUCGUGUGUCAAAGGCAUGCUUGGUGUGGGAAAGACAACUCUCGCCAGGCAAGUAUACAACCAUCCGGCCGUCGUUGAAAGAUUCAAGCACCGCCGUGCAUGGAUAACCCUUUCUAUUGGCUCGGGUAAAGAUGAGUUGGUUUCGGAACUGAUGCAACAGUUGAUUGAACAUGGUGGAAAUUCAUUGUUGGUGGAGGAAAUGGAAAACCGGAGUCGUAUGGAGAUUAUUUACGAUCACCUGCGACGAAUUCCGUUUUUCAUAGUUCUUGACAACCUGCUGCCAUAUAUGGGCUUCGAAGCCUUCUUUCUACGUCUACGGCAACAAGUAGGCAAUGGAAGUAGGUUGCUGAUAACCAGUCGCCGUGAGAUUACAACACUAAAAGUCUAUUAUACUCAUGAGAUGAAACCCUUGGAUUCUGAUCAGAGCUGGAAAUUGUUUUUGAAAACAAUUGAUAAAUUUACAGGUCAUGAGAACAAAUUCUCAAAGGACUUGGAGAGUAAGGGGAGGGAGAUGCUGAAACAUUGUGGUGGCUUGCCAAUAGCUAUAAUAGAUGUUGGAAUACAAAAAGCAAAAGAAAAACUUUCAGGCAUUGAAUGGGAAGAGGUUUUUGAUUCAAUUGAUUUGAGUGAAUCAUUAAAGAAAUUGGAACCGAUGUAUCAUGAAUUGGACGAAGACCUCAAGGCAUGUUUCUUGCAUAUGUCCUUUUUUAAGGAAAAUGCAAUAAUGAGGAAUGAAAAGUUGGAACAAAUUUGGACUGUAAGUGGAUUAAACACAUUGAUAAGAGGAUUAAACACAUGGACGUACGAUUUAUCUAGUCACUCCAUCGUUGAAGUCCUAGACCCGUACCAAAUAAACGACAAAGUGAAAAGGUGUCGCAUGAAUCCUCUAUUGCACAAGUUAUCCGUAAAAAAAGCAGAGGAGGAAAUAGGCUUUGAGGUCCUAAGGACCAAUGGAAAUAGUAGACCCUCUCUGAAUCCUCGUCAUCGUGUUAUCCUUUGUGGUAGAGAGAAGUUUAAUCAGACCACGAGUCAGGAAAAAAAUCUUGAUUCUCUCGUCCUCCAUGGCGGUGGUCGCUACUUGGACGAUGCUGGCCAGUCUUAUUGGAAGAAUUUUGAAGUGCUCAAGAUACUCGACAUCGAAGAUUUUGGGGUGAAGACUUUAUCAGAAACUAUGGGCACACUGAUUGAGUUAAGGUAUUUGGGAUUGAGAAACAAUUAUAUUCAAGAGAUCCCACACUCAUUUGGAGACUUGAAAAAGCUCGAGGUUCUCGAUGUAGCUCUAAACUUUAUGGUGGAGAUUCCAAGUAAUAUAUGGGAAAUCAGUACCCUUCAGCAUAUCUACAUGUCUAAUGUGAUUUACCAGGAACCUUUAAAAGCAGACGCGUUAGAGAAUCUUAAGACCCUAACCUACAUCUCGAUUUAUGAUUGGAUGUACGAAGUCUCAAGCUUGAAAAAGAUGAUUUGUCUCCAAAAAUUGGGUGUUGAAGAAGUUGAUGAAAACUCCAAUGUAGGCAAGCUCUUUGCAUCACUAGCUGAACUGGGGAACCUUAGUCACCUUAUCUUGAGUGGGUUUCGUUUCAAAAGGAUACCGUGUUUGGACAAUAUUGGUAUUCUAGAGAGACUCCGGACACUGAAACUGGAAGGGCAUUUGUCUAGGCUACCAAGUGCCAAUAAUUUCCCUCAACUGAUUAGACAUUUGGCUUUGGUAAAUACUUGUCUUGACGAAGAUCCCAUGCCAGUACUAAAGAAUCUUCCGUGGCUAGAGUGCCUCAAACUGAGGAAUGCAUACACUGGUCGGAAAAUGUCUAUACAGUUCAGCGGGUUUCCUGAUCUCCUAAUCCUACACAUCAAUGAUUUGUGGAACCUGAGAAACGUACAAGUAGAAGAAGGUGCAAAGGCUAUGCUUGAGCAACUAGAAAUCAAGAAUUGUCCACAUCUGGAGACACUCCCGCAAGGGAUUGGGUCGAUGAAGCGUUUGAAGAAAUUUAAAAUGAUAACAACCAAACAUAUAGCAACAAAGAUCAGAAAUUCGGGAUUAAUGUCGAAAAUAGUGGAAGUCGACAUCAGUCCAUAA